AUGCUGUUAUCACAUGAACAAUUUCUUGGCUUGUUCAUGUCGUUUCUUCUGACAGAUGGCGCAUGGGCAACUGCGACAGGGAUCAAAUACUUUUUGGCAACUUGUCCUGGACAGAACUGCGAUUCAGUUUGUGCAACAUUUGGUUUUCAAUGUGCUAAAACGGGGCAAAGCUUUCCAGGUUCAUCUGCUUUAUCUAUAUUCGAAUCUCUGGGAAUUUCGUGCAAAACUAUCAACGGCAGCGAACAAUAUGAAAGUGAAGAGCACCCUUGUUACUUUGCGGAGUCUCACGUCACGAAAUGGGUUGGAGUAUGCGUCGGAUUUAAGGGUAUCCCUGGGACCAUUGACUGUCACACGGCCAACAACACUUACAUCCGCAGGUUGUGUCCAUGCUUUGAUCCUACAGGAGGACGUUUUUCCACGAAAGCACCUCCAACUGCGACAGAACCUUCCAGUGCUCGAAGAGCUCCAACUACAACAUAAGCUCCCACCACAAAAAGAGCUUCAGCCACGAAAAACCUCUCUCUCCCCACAUAGCUCCAUCUAAAGCAGGAAUUUCCACCACAAAAAGAGCUCUUGGUACUAUGGAACCUUCCGCGAAUCAAAGGACAUCUGCUGUAAAAUCGCCCAUCCCAGAGGAACGAAC